GUGUGGCUCUUCCUGCCGCACUGCGGCCACUUCCCCUCGCCGCUCGCUCCGCGGGGCCAUGGCGGCGGUGCUCCGGGGCCGGUGCCUCCCGCGGGCGUGGUUGUGCAGGAAAGCCGGGCAGGGCGGCGGCCGGGACUACCGCGCCGCGCUUUGCACGGAGCUGAAGCAGCCCCUGACCAUCGAAGAGGUGGCCCCCAGCCCUGUAGGGCCUCGCGAGGUCAGAGUUGAUGUCCAUUUCUGUGGAGUUAACUUUGCUGAUAUUUUGGUCUGCCGUGGUCAAUAUCAGGAAAGGCCCCAUCUUCCCUUCACACCUGGAAUGGAGUUUUCUGGGACAGUGUUGGAGACAGGCACAGACGUCAGCACAGUGAAAGAGGGAGAUCGAGUUGUUGGUGUGAGUUUCUUUAAUGGUAUGGCUGAAGAAUGCAUCAUUGACCAGAAGAUGCUCUGGCAGAUUCCGGAAAAGGUCUCCCUACAAGAAGCUGCUGCCCUGCCUAUAUCUUACACUACUGCUAUUUUAGCGCUGGAGCAUCGGGCCCGUACUCAGCCUGGAGAAACUGUUCUAGUGACAGCAGCAGCUGGAGCCACAGGCCUAGCAGUGAUAGAUGUGGCAACAAAUAUUCUUCAGGCUAAGGUCAUAGCUGUUGCUGGAAGUGACGAGAAGUGCAAGCUGGCGAUGGAACGAGGUGCCCAGUUUUGCGUGAACUACAAUCAGGGCAGCCUGAAGGAGGCGGUGAGGAAGCUGGUGGGCAGUGGUGGCGUGAACGUGGCCAUCGACAUGGUGGGAGGAGAUGUCUUCCUGGAGGCUCUCCGCAGCCUGGCGUGGGAGGGCAGGAUCGUGGUGGUUGGAUUUACGGGAGGAAACAUUGCUUCUGUGCCAGCCAACCUUCUGCUGCUGAAGAACAUCUCUGCCAUGGGGAUAGCCAGUGGCCAGUACAGAGACAAGAACUUUCCUGUCUUAUCCAAGACCUUAUCCUCCGCUCUUCAGUACUGCCAGCAAGGGUGCGUCCAGCCACACGUCGGGACAGUUUUUAAGCUGGAGGAGGUCAAUGAUGCCUUCCUUCACGUGAUGCAGCACAAAUCCAUGGGCAAGGUGCUUCUCUCUCCUAAAUAAACCCUCGCCUCAGCAGCAGACUCAGCAUGUCCAAAUCCAAACUCAUCAUCUUUCCCAAAAAUCUGAUUUCCCUUCUGUGUUUCCAAAGUGCUAUCACCUUCCUUACUAAUCCAGGUUUAAAAUCUUAGAGUCACCUUUGAUUCUGUUUUCUUAUUGCUCCUAAUUUAGUUUGAUUAUAUAAUUUAUUGUCCAAACUUGGACCUUUUUGAGAGUAAAUGGUACUAUUAGUAACUACAGCAGGAAAAUGUGUCCCAGGCAAACCUGCACAUGUGGCCACCCUAUUCAUAAUGCACCAAUUGCCAAGUUCUGUCAUUCCCAUCUCUGAGAUAUCUCUUACCUCCACACCUCUUUUCCAUAUGACUAAUUAUGUCCCACCUGCUAUCUCCUCUGAUCUUCUAACCAGUUUUCCUACCUUUAAACUACCCCAGGCCCUCCAUCCUUGUUGUGUGUUAUUGCCAUGGUGAUUUUCCCAAAGCAUCCGUCUGACUGUGUCUCAUGUCAGAACACCCGCAGUGGCUCACCAUUGCCUUUGUGGUGGAUUCAGACUCCCUGAGCCAGCAUUUCAUCACAGCCUUCUGCUCUGCAACUCCUCUGGCACUUAAGCGUACCCCGAGCUUUCCUUCUUCCCUCAUUUUGCUCUGCUCGUGCAUUUCCUCUAUCCUUCAUCUCUGUCAGACGUAAGCCUUCCUGACCUCUAAGACCUAUCUUUGCCAUGUGCCUUUACCCUCAGGAGUGUGGUAAUCUCUUCUCUUUCUCUUCUACCUUCCUGUGGCUUCUCCUCCAAGAUUUGUCACUUUCAUAGGGAACAACAUGUGUAGUGGAAUGAACACAGGCUUCUGAAUCCAAGAUGUGGGUUUGAAUAUCGAACUCACCUCUUUAGAGGUUGUUAUUUGAGGUCUCUGUACCUUCACUUUUCUCACUGUGAAGUGGAUAUCACAGUAUCUUCCUCACAAAGUUGUUGUGAGCAGUACAUGCAGUGAUUGGGGAAAGCACUUGGUGCCUGGUAAGCGAUUAGCAAAUGCUACUUUUACUUCUUUAUGUUCUCCUUUCCCAAUGUAUCAUAAGUUCCUUGAGAGCAGGUACCAUGUCUGAUUCACCCUUGCACUUCCCAUAAUACUUAGCAAAGUGAGUUAUACUUGGUAACUACUCAAUAAAGUGAAUUGAAUUUGAAUUA